CUUGCUCAUCAGCGUCUGGUACCGUACCAAAACGCUGCAGAAAGAUGCUUUUCACCUCAAGAAAAAGUAGAAGAUUGUAGAUUUAAGAAAAGCUGAUUAAAUUGGAGUGACUCAAAAAAUUUUUUUUAACAUUUUCAUCUGCCGGUAUGAGAAGAUUGAACCGAAAACUAGUUGCAGCUAAUCGUAGUUUUGUUCUUGUUCUUUUAUUUUUAUCGUUUUGUUUGCUUCAUCUAACAGAUUUUGGACGAGCGAUAUCUAGCAGGCUCCAUCCGACUCAGUCAAAACUAUGUGAAGUACCUCUUCCGCCCUCUGAUGUGUCAAUCAAUGGACAGUGGAAGCGAAAUGGUGCCCUCCUAACAAUAACCGUCAACAACCCCCCUCCACCUUAUUAUCACCACUUUGAAAUAGAAGUACGAGACGGAGAAGAUGACCAAUUAGUAGUCAACUCAGAAGUGCACUGGGAUACUUCUGUUAAAUUUGAGUUGAAAAAAUCAGAUCACCCCUAUGAGAUAUUUGUUCACACUGUAGUUACAUGUCCAAAUGGAACAGAGCUGAGAAGCAAUCAUCCAUUCAAGGGGAGCUACAAGACAGAAACCAGCAAACUACCGAAGUUUAUGAACUUGCAAGAACAACCAGCAAAUGACAGUCGAAUUUAUCUGAAAUCUCCCAAACUACACCGAAGUUAUGUUGAUCUCAGAAUUUUUGAUACUCUUAACUUGCGUUAUAUUCGAUUUAUUGCAAUGGGAGGCCAAGGUGAAGUUCACCUAACCGAAGACAGAAUUAGCAAACAUCAAUACGCAGUGAAAAUAAUUGAAAAUAUACGUAACACAACUUCAAAUGAGUUCGAAAGACACGCACUUGAAUUCUUCCAAAAGCACCCCAAACCUGGAAUUCUUCGACUUGCAUUAUCACAGGAAGAUGAAGAUUUUGUGUAUCUUAUAACCGAUUUCAUAGACGGCCUAACUGUUAGAGAUUUGAUACGUCUUUCAAGCCAAAUAGCGGAUUGGCCGGUUAGAGUUCAAAUUCUUCGGCCUCUGAUUGCUGAGUCGUGUCAAAUUGUAGACUUCAUGCACCAAAAUGGAUUCGUUCACCGCGACUUAAAAGCUGGAAACUUUUUUCUCGAUAUGAAUGGUCACGUGACUAUAGGAGAUUUGGGUACAUGUAUCGAGACGAGUUUGAUCAAACCAAGGGUGAUUGCGGGAACUCCGCCCUACGCAGUUUCACCUGAAAUGUUUCUAAAGGUACCAUAUGGUAACAGUGCAGACUAUUGGUCCAUCGGAGUUAUGGUUUUCGAAUUCUGCUUUGGAAAGCUUCCAUUUGAGCCAUUCAACAGAGCAAUGUUGAAAUCUGACAACCAAACUGCUAUCAAAGAAAUCAGACGUAGACUUAUGUCGCCAGAUAUUCCUCGCCAUGCUCCACAAGAGAUUCGGCAACUCUUGGCUGGGUUACUAAAUUCGGAUCCACAUAAACGUCUCGGGAGUCCAGAACUAGGCGGGAUCCAAAGCAUUCAACAACAACCGCUCUUCAGGGAUUUCAAGUGGGAUGAUCUGAGAAGUCCGUUAAAUGAGGAGCUUCUAGUCGUAAAAUGGAUCAAAAUUAUUCGGCAGAAACGAGAGAAACGGAAACAAAAAUUCGCCGAAAAAAUUAAAAAUAGUACUUACAAUCACACAAACCAAACCUUUGUAUAAACUUUACUUAGCUUAAUAUAUCAAUUGUAAAGUAAAAUUAAUAGCAAAUCAUUUAAGUUUAAUAAAAUCAUAUUUCUGA